GUUCAAAAUCAAAACAAUCGACAACAGAAAAUUUUGCAAGUGACUCAUCUUCUGUGCAGUAAAAUUUGAUUAUUUUUCAAGACUUUCUAAACUUCUAGUAGCAAAAGUUGCCUAGGCAGAGGACUAAACUGAAUUUAAUUUUUCAAUUUUAAUUACGAAAAAUUCAAAACGGGGAACGAUAUGUCCGUGUCAGCGAUGGAAAAACACUUAUUCAACCUAAAGUUUGCUGUGAAGGAUUUGGAACGGAACGCGAAAAAAUGCGAGAAAGAAGAAAAGGCGGAGAUUCUCAAAACGAAAAAAGCCAUCCAAAAGGGUAACACGGAAGUGGCCAGGAUACACGCAGAGAACGCAAUCAGACAGAAAAACCAAUCGUUGAACUAUCUCCGGAUGAGCGCACGGGUUGACGCGGUUGCCAGCCGUGUCCAAACGGCCUUGACCACUCGCCAGGUCACGAACUCGAUGGCCGGCGUGGUGAAGGCCAUGGACGCAGCUAUGAAGGGAAUGAACUUGGAAAAAAUCUCCGGCCUGAUGGAUAAGUUCGAAUCGCAGUUCGAAGAUCUGGAUGUGCAGAGUUCCUACAUGGAAAACACCAUGUCCCAGACGACAACCACAUCCGUACCGCAGAACGAUGUGGAAUCACUGAUGCAACGGGUGGCCGAUGAAGCUGGUUUGGAGUUGAAUAUGGAACUCCCAAGUGGGCCGGCGUCCACUGCGAUUGGAGCAUCUACGCAGGCUUCGACAGAACAGGAUGAACUUACGGCGCGCCUGGCUCGACUAAGACAGGCUGAAUAAAUAACCCUGUAUCUCGGAUUUAAAUAAUGUAACACAGUGCAUGUUAGGCAUUGGCUGGAAAAAAAAGAGUCGCUGAUGUGCAAAACCGGUUAAAAUGUUGAACUGAAGUGUUGAAUGGGGCAAAGUAUGUAUCAUAUAUUUCUAUGCUGCUCGUUUCAUAAUAGAAGAUGAUAAGCAA